GUCUAAGGGGUGGCGCGCCCACAAAAGCCCGGCAGCUCGGGCCGGAGGCCUCGGAAGACAGCUUUCAGCCCGGCCGGGUUCCAGCGGAGGAAGGGAUCCCUUUGCUCCUCGGCGAGGUCCCCCCCUCCCCAUCUCUGGGCUUCGCGCUCGGUGCGGAUUCUUUUCCUGGCGCUUCCUCGACGGCUUUCCUCCGAAGGCGGGGGCCCUGGUGGCGGCGGGGUUUUGCGCGACGUUUCCCUCCGGGGAGCCCCUCCAGCUUCUCCCCUUCUCUCGCGCGCCCCCCUCCUCAUUCUUCCCCCCUCCUUUGCCUGGGGGGGGCAAAAGCCAUGACUUCCAGCUAUGUCCACGUCCUGGAGAGGCAACCGGCCGUCCUCCCCACCCGGCUGGAGAGCCCCGGGAACCUCGACAGCCUCCAGGCCAAAAAGAACUUCUCCGUCAGCCACCUGUUGGAUCUGGAAGAAGCAGGAGACUUGGUAGCCGCUCAGACCGAGGAGGGCGUCGGGGAAAGUGGCCGGAGCCUCCUGGAGUCGCCGGGGCUGACCAGCGGCAGCGACACCCAGCAGCAGGACGGUGACCAACUGAAUUCUGAAGAGAAGAAGAAGAGAAAGCAGAGGAGAAACCGAACGACCUUCAACAGUAGCCAGCUACAGGCACUGGAGAGAGUCUUUGAGAGGACACACUAUCCAGAUGCUUUUGUACGAGAGGAUCUUGCACGCAGGGUCAACCUCACUGAAGCCAGGGUUCAGGUCUGGUUCCAGAACAGGCGGGCUAAAUUCCGCAGGAAUGAGAGAGCCAUGCUGGCCAACAAGAAUGCAUCGCUCCUCAAGUCCUACUCUGGGGAUGUGACUGCAGUGGAGCAGCCAAUUGUACCUCGACCAGCUCCAAGGCCCACUGACUAUCUCUCCUGGGGGGCAACCUCUCCUUACAGCAGUGCCAUGGCUUCUUAUUCUGCUUCUUGUACCAAUGCCAGCCCUGCUCAGGGCAUGAAUAUGGCCAACAGCAUUGCAAAUCUGAGACUGAAGGCAAAGGAAUACAGUUUACAGAGGAACCAGGUGCCAACAGUAAACUAAAGACAGCAGUGAACAAGAUCAACCUCCUCCACAAGAGAAAAACGAGAUGCCAAGAGGCAGCUCUCUUGCUUUGCAAUGUGUUCAGACCAAAUUAGAACUCAAAAUGGGAAAUAAAAGCAGGAUCCAAAUUAAAGGGAAAUUGCUUCCAAACUGACUCUGCUCUCCUUCACAAAAUACUGCCUUUUAAAGUGCCAGCAGAUCUGCUUUAGCUGAAUAUAUCAUGAGCUUCUUCAGGGAAGGAUACAAUGCUCUUGUUCCUCCACGGAAUGACUGCAGACCAAAUGAUAUCAAUUGUGUACUUGAAUCUCUUGGUUUUCCUGAUGUAUGUUUUCCAUCUCUGUUGGCCACCUCUUCCUUUUAUUAAUAGACCUUCUAAAGAAGGAUUUCUGAAGUAAAAGAUGAACACAUUUUACAUUGCUUCCAUUAUUCCAAAGCACAAAUGGACUGCAUCUGAAGUUGUGACCAGUAUAUAGCUGGGUGCUUCAGAAUCCAAGCUUUUAAGUCUAUUGCCCAGAGUCGUACUGCUCUCAGCUGGUGAAGCCAGUUGUAAAAUGCGUGUACACUAACUGUUUUUCUGCCCCAGACUCCUUGGUAUUGUUACAUCAGCAACAGCAGAAGAAGAAACAAACAAACAUGAAAAUAGUAUUUUGAACCAGUUUCUGCGGACAUAGAAAUACACAAACUAUCCAGUCACAGCUAAUUAUUCCUCAUGAUGAAAAUGUACACUUGAUACUCAAUAACCUGUGUGUACUUAAAACAUCUUGGAAAAUCUGAAGCAGAAUCCAGAUCUGCAGGUACAAGUAGUGCAAAUUGAUGGCUUUGGAAAAAGUUGGAGACCUAAUCCAGCAGACAAUGUAGGCACAUUUAACUCCAUUGAUUUCAGUGGGAUUAGGUGUAUCUAACUCUAUGUUGGAUGUGGUCCCAUUUAACUUUCUUGCUACUCCUUCUGUUUUAUGCCACAUUUGAUGAUGUCCAGAAUCAUUUGAUUUAUAUAUACUGUAUAUAUUUAUAUAUAUAAGAUAUACAU